UUCUUCCAUGGUCUUGUUCUCUUGGUAACCUCCGUCGUUUUCAAAACAAAAGAAAAAAAAUUCGUCGUUCUGCAUCUAAAAGCUUCUGAUUCAGAAAAAAAAUUCCUUCAAAAAUAGAAUUUGUACUGUCCUUAUUUCUUCGCUGAUACUAAUUUAUCAGAUAAUUUGUCGAUUGGGUUUUGGUUUAUUGCAGAUGAAAAUUUUGUUAAUUAGGUUUUCUAUAGAUUGAUAUUGUGUAAUUAUAAUUACUCUUCUUCCCUAAUCGUAUGAUUGAGAUCCUUUAUUAUUCUUUUGCCUUUGUAAUUUUACUUAUUCAUGCCCUAAUUUCUGUAAUUUUUCAUUCCAGGUUAAUAAAAUUUGGUACAGCCUCAAGGAUUUUGGUAUCACAUCGAUCCGCAUGGAUACAAAUCAACAUGGCAGUGAUGGUGUACAAACUACAACCACUCAAUCAUCGCAGAAUAGUGCAUCUGUUGGGAAUAGUUUGAAACUUUUUGUUGAAGUUGAUGCAUCUUGUAGACCAAUAUAAAAAAGGCAGAAAAACUUGCUUCUCGUGUAGGGGAACUUAUACGAGCGCAUUGUCCAAUACGUUAUGAAGAUUGGAGGAUUGUCCCGGAAAACUUCAAGGAGAAUGUAUGGAAUGGCUUAAUGAGCGAGUUUGAGUUUAAUGCUCCUUCAUACUUGGUACGCCCGAACCUCGAAGUAGCCUUUUCACAGAAGUUCAGAUCAUUCAAAUACCAGCUUCGACAGAAUUAUUUCAGGAUAGACAAAGGUAACGAACAAAUUGAAGCAGCUAUUCAAGCUGGUUUGGAUCCAAAUGCGUGGAAAAGCAAGGAGCAAAUUCUAGCAGAGGUACCGGUGGGGGUUACUCCUAGUAAUUGGACCGCUUUCGCCGAGAAUGAGUUCAAAGAAGGAGUAAGAGAAAGCCAUGAAAAGAAGUCAGAGAACAAAAAGAAAUGCACAAUGCUGCUCCAUACUCUUGGGAGGCGUACCUAUGCGAACAAAUGUCAUCUCCUUGCAGAAGAGGAUGGGAUGCUUACAGAGGAUCGUGAAUAUCCUUGGAUGAAGGGUCAUGAAAAACGCGAUGGGACUGUUCAUCCAUCAGCAGUUGAAAAAUAUGAGCAAGUCAAAGCUGUCUAUGAGAAGCGAAAAGAGAAUGGAACUAAUUGCUCGUAUGAUUUUGGUUCUGAUGGUUUAGUUGAUGUCUUUGGCCCAGACAAGGGUAAAAGGUCUUUACGUGGCUUUUCCUCCAUCGUUUCUGCGAAGCUCCUACAGUUAACAAAUGCAACUCUCCCGUCAUCGGACUAAAAAGGUUGGGAGCCCAACCCCUGGCCAACUGGGCUAAUGCCAGUUGGUUUUAACUUAAGCGCGAGCCUCAUCCGAAGAAAAGUAAAAUCAUCAUGAGCCCAGUUUUGAAAAUUCAGGUUUUGCCAUUUUUUGUAUGCCACAUAAAAAGUGCGAAAGAAAUGCAUUAGGCUGAAUUCGUUGUUGCCGUAUAAAUGUGCCUACAACUUGUGAUGUGGUGGCUGAGGUUAUAGCAACAUAUAUGCCCAUGGAAACAUAAGAAAAAUGCAACUUGGCUGGAUGUAGCAGCAAGCAUGUUUGAUAGCACUUUCUCACAGAUACACUAAAUGAUGAACGAAGUUGACAAUCUCUACGGACCAUUUAGUUCUUGAAAAUUCCAACAGCCAUUCCUUCAAACUGGCCACUUCAAGAGCGAUAGAAACUUUUUUUCACUUUAUUUCAAUGGAAUCUCCACUGUACACAGUUGGAUCAGUUGAUCGUGACAGAUAUAAUUUCUCGUAUAAUAAAACUGGCAACCCACUAUAUAUAUUGCUUACAACAUGCUAUGCUACCAAGAAGUUGGCAGUGCUAAUCUUAACUGAAACUUUUAUGGCAUCUCCGCUCUGCAACAUAUUAACAAUUUCAUCAGUUGCUUGCUUAUGGGAAGUCCUUCAUCAGACUGUAACUUGAGCAGGGUCUUGAUAUUGAUCCAAGAUUCCAAAUUGUCUAUUGUGCCAACUGCACGAGGAGUUUGUUACUCGUAUGGGGGAACUUGUUACACAGAAUAAUUGCGCUCGCAAUGGUGACACUCUGCCUCUCGCAUGAAAUGUCAAUAAUUUUCUCUUGAACCCCAAAUUCACAUUGCGGAGCUUUAACAGUUUUUUGUUUGUGGGAGAUUUUGCUAUCUCUGAAUGACAUGCUGUACCGCCAUAGCCUUUCGAUUCACUUAAUCGUGUGCUUUGCAGAGUAGUAGCCAAAUUAGCUGAAUCCUUUCACGCUAACCAUACGCUACAUAU